UGAAACGUGGCGCGGACAAGAUAUAACGCAAAUCCCCAGAAGCCGUCGGAGAGGAAACCAGAGACACCCAAAUGGAUGGAACCACCUCGCUGAUCGGAACCCGCCACCGAUCUCUCCCUCCGUCGCCAUGCUUCUCUCGGAGACCCUCCCCUUGUCCUCUUCCAUCUCUCUUCCUCCUCUCUUGUUCUCUCCCCACCACCGCCCCCUACCGGGGAGUCUCCCUCAUCGCCAGGGCGGAGCUGCCGGAGGGCGAGACGGGGCCGACCGCUGACAAAGGCUCCACUUCCUCGCCUCCUCCAACUCCACCCAAGAAGCCGGGUGGCAAGGGAACCGGAUUUGGCGGCGGCCUCGACGCCAAGAAGAAGCAGAGAGGUAAAGAACGGGGUUCUGUGAUCCGACGCUCUCCGGUAAAAAGGUCCUCGAUGCCCUACUCGGGUAGCAAAAAAGAGGACCAAGGGCAGCAGAGUGUCAACGAGAGCGCCUUUCUCCUCACCUGGUUAGGCCUCGGCUUUCUGAUCCUUAUCGAGGGUGUUGCCUUGGCUGCAUCAGGCUUCCUGCCAGAGGAAUGGGAUAAUUUUUUCGUGAAGUAUCUAUAUCCUUCCUUCACUCCAACCGUCUUCUUGUUUGUGGGUGGCACAGUUGCAUAUGGAGUGUUCAAAUAUUUGCAAGGUGAACAGAUGAAGAAUUAAGUAUCACAAAUGACAGCACCUCUGAGUGGUAUCAUUUGGAACAUAACGAGAUAUCUUCAUUCAUUUGGGCUUAUUUUAAUGUUCAUGUUUCUCUAGAGAUGGCAAUCCUUGUAUCAAUAAUUACACUUAGCAUGAAGUGAGAUUUUAAACUAGCACCAAGUAUUUGAAGGCAUAAAUUAAUAUAUCAUUUUUACAUGGACAAAA